GGUUGACAAACAUUUUUAAAAAUUGUCAUUUCUUUAAAAAAAACUUUGUAAAGUUGUUCCAGAGAAAGUACGUGCGCGACAAUGCCAGAAACAGCCGAUAAUAUUCUACACACCUACAGACAUGUCGAUCCCCUUUCCAAUUACGAAGACAUAGGUUUAAAAAAGCCUAUGAAACAGCCACUUCUCGAACCUGUAGCCUUCCAACAGAUUUCCCCUGAUUAUAAAAUAUCUGUGGCGUCAACUGUGGAAACCCAAAUGCGGAAACUAAAACUUUCAAUGGAGCCAUGGAGAGAAUUAAUACUUCAAGUGAACGACGCAUUACUAUGGGAAAAACCAUGGCAUCCAACUGCGCUUUUGUGUGGCAAUACUCUUGUAUUUUUUAUGCUGUUUAUGUUCUCUCCUAAUGUUUUGACCAUCUUAUCUAUCUUGGGACUUAUAAUAACAUUAGCAGAUUGUUUUAUGCCGGUAGUACUUGGAAAUGUAUUUAAGUCAGAUACAUGGACAGUUGAAAAGCAAAAACAGUAUGAAGAAAUAUGCACAAAUAUCGUAUUGUACAAAACCAAAAUGGAGCUUUUGUGGUCAUCAUAUGGUAGGCUGAGAGUCACGAAUUCCAAGCUGUACUUUAGCGUCACGAUUUUGGUUUUGUGCUUGUUAACGUGGAUCGGCGGCGCAAUUGAUAACACAUUUCUCGGAUAUAUCUGUGUCAACUUCGUCCUGAUGCUGCCAGGAAUGCUGCGCCAUGGGAUGCUCAAGACAUUCGCGGAGAUGUUCGCGAAAUUGUCCAAUAAUCUUAUCGAAAAUGCCAAAUCUCGGGUUGCUCAAAAGAAAGCUCACUAAACCCUUCAAUUUACGAUCUUUUUUUCGCGCUGAGUAUUAUUCUACCUGCAUUUUUAAUGUUUUAUUUUCUUGUGUUUUUCUUUAUUUUGUGGAACUUUUAAAAACUUGUUUAAGUUUGGGAUUAACGUCUUACACAAAAUCAUAUGUGAUAUUCCAGUGAUUGAAUUUAGCGUAAUUUGUGGUUUGG